AGCAGCUAAAGCUCCGCUCGGAAGCCAACUCUGGACACCCCUCCGCUUUCUGCUAACAUUUAGAUGGAAACCUCAUUCUCCCUGCUUUUUGACACUGCUGCAUUCACGCCAACUUCUCAUGUGACUGGGUAGAGAUCAAGGAGUAGAGAGGUGUGCACCAUGACAUCUAAACCCCAUCCUCCUCUAAUGAAGAAACACAGUCAGACGGACCUGAUAAGCCGCCUGAAGAGCCGGAAGAUCCUUGGAGUUGGUGGCGAGGAUGAUGAUGGUGAAGUGCAUCGCUCGAAGAUCAGUCAGAUGCUCGGAAAUGAGCUGAAGUUUGCAGUGCGAGAGCCUAUCGGGCUGAGGGUGUGGAUAUUCAUUUCAGCAGUGGCUUUCACAGUUAUGGCUCUGAUGGCUCUGAUGUUUCCCAACCAGCUUUAUGAGGUUGUCUUUGAGGAGGAGCUCUCCACGACUAGCAUCUCUGUCCGCCUCUAUGGAGGAGCACUGCUCAGCCUGGCCCUCAUCAUGUGGAACGGUCUCUACACAGCAGAGAAGGUCAUCAUCCAGUGGACUCUGCUCAGUGAAGCCUGCUACUUUGCCGUCCAGUUUCUAGUAACGUCCAUCACCUUAAUGGAGAUCGGCAUCCUGCCCAACGCUGCCAUACUCCUGCUAAUCAGUCGAGUACUCUUCUUGGUGGUCACCAUGUCUUACUACUACCACUUGGGCCGUAAGCCGAAGAAGAUCUGAACUGACUCGGGAUACUUCGAGGGAGGGGGACAGCUGAGCGCAAAUCACAAACGUGAGGUUCAGAAGGUUUGGAUAACUGUUUGAUUGGGGCUUAGAGCAUUACUCUGCCAGUCAACGCCCCCUGUCCCCUUCCAUGGGACCUAGCUUAAUGUAACCCCCAGUAUUCAACAGAUGAGCACAGUCUCACAUUCCAGACUCAACAACAAGAACGAUACACCUCAUAGUGAAAGUGAACUACUCUUUCUCUGGGCUUUGAGGUCAAGCCCCUCUUGACACACAUUCCUCCUUUGUGCAGUUAUACAGAAGGAGCUAGCAGUUUUAGUGCAAUGCAUUUUUGUGUCACGUUAUUGUAUGAUUUAUAAUGUACAGGACAGAGUCAUUUCAAAUACAUUACUAUAUAGUUCAUGCACAGUCACAUGAUUUCCAGAAUCAGUGUUUGUUGUAUUCAAGAAAAGCCGCAUUUCGACGCCGUUUCUUAAUCACACUGGAGGACCAAGAGUUUGUGUUCUCAUUUGUUUCCUGUGUGAUGCUGUUGAUGUUAUCUCACAUUGUAUAUACACACAAGUGCAGUCUGAUUAUCUGAUCUAGUGCAUGCUUUCUGACAGCUUUCCAGUGAACACACUAAAUGGAACUGUGCUUAAUAUAAGAUUCAGACAAGCUAAAUGCUAGAUGAGUGGCUGUAAACAUUUUGUUCACUGAGGAAACUCUUAAAGGUCUUUUUUUUCUUUGUCAUAACCUUCAAUAAUAUUCAAAUUUAGUCUAUCCCAAAACAAACUAAACAUUUUUCAGGGACAAAGGCCUUUUUUUUUAUUCGACAAGCUGUCAGUCAAGAGGUUGUACCAAAGUGAAUGGGGAAUUGUUUUGUAUAGAAUAUUUUCACUACUGAGAUUAUUACAUGUAAUGUCGAUAAAUGCACAUGUGAAGUGACUCGUAUAAGAGAGGCAGUGUACAGUAAUUCUCUCCUUGCCAUGUGUGCUCUGUUAGGCAGGACAUCAGCCUGAAUAACAUCCUCUACCGUAAAGCUAGUGUGACAAGCCGAGCAUGUCAGUCUGCAGGGUAAACGAACCUGAACUGGCUCCUCUUUAGUGAUGUAGCACAGUUUGUUUUUUUUAAACAUAACACCAUAUCCUAGUCUUGCCUUAAAACUACCUAAAAGAACAGUCAUCAACACAGCAUCCUUCUUGUAAAUAUGUAAAUAAAAGUAUUUACUAUUAUGUGGUGUUCUUGUGAACCAAACAGGGAACUUGUUCAGUAUUAGUUAAAUGAUUUUCAAAGGUUAAUCCUUCUCUGGUGUGUCUUAUUUUGUACCUAUUUAAGUGACAUUUGUAUUUUGAUGUCAUGCAUGCCGUAUAAUCCACCAAACGUGUCCACCAAUAGCUUAAACUUCGUAGCAAGCUGCCACCGACCAGAGAGCCAACAGUUGAAGAUGGUAAUGACCGUGAAUGGACGCAAUAACCAAAAAAAAAUAAAUCAGGUCUGAAAAGAAAAGGCUAAUUUUACUAAACAGUUCAAUUAUAUCUGCUUUAAAACAAAUAUAACCCAGCAAUUCACAGUUUCCACCCAAUCAGCUUGUUCAGUACAUGUUUUCCCUCCCAUUUCUUGGCAUAACCUCAGGUACAAGACAUCCUGGCUCUUUUUCAGAGCUGUGCCAGCAAUGCUAACUUGCCAACUGUGAUCUCUGCAGCUCAUACUCGGCACCACACCCUCGACAGAAAGACACUCUAAGGAUAGGGGCGACUCAUUUCGUAAAUUUAACUCCAAACAUCAUUUUGAGUAGAACAAGGAGCAUAUUGAAGGUCUCCAAAGGUGGUCCGUAUUGUUCCAAAUGGCCACGUUGAGUCCUGCCCUAGAAGGGAGUGGUACUGAGGUCAGAGUGAUUGUGGGUUUGCAACUGCGAGUCCAGCGCUGCAGGCAGAUCUGCUUGUUACUUGGGCGAGCGUUCAGUUCAGAUAGGGAACGUGAAACAUGGGUGAGGUCUCCCGUACCCCUCAGAGGUAGUAAUUAUCCUUUUUGCAGUGUUUAAUUAGACACAGCUCUCCCCGGUUGACAUUGUGUGCCCCAACUUACAGUACUGCUCCGUCCUGACUGGCAUGAUAAUUAUGAAGUUCAGGAAAAAUGUCAUUCCAUUUCCGUCAAUACUAUACAGGCCUCAAAUCAUCAGCCUUGUGAAACGUUCAAAGGUUUGUAAAGCUGGUUAUUUUUAUGGAGAUAUGGCGACUUCGGCAAGAGGGGGAAGAAGGGGAAAGUGCGCAAAGAAGUCUUUCUUUCAUCCUCAUGGUUCUGUGACGUACAUUAGUCCAAAUAUUACUUGUAUCCUUGGAAUUUGAAAAUAAAAAGACAUUGUAAGUUGAGCUUUUCAUUCCCUCAUCCAACAUAUGGUAUACUGUUGUGAAUAGCAUACCUCGUCAAACUGUUUCAAGUUGUAGCAUUGUGGUUUUUUUGUAUAUAUGUGGUAUAUUGUACUUCAGAAAUGAAUUGUUAUGGAUUUCCAUGAUUUAGUUUGAAAUAAAGAAACACUUGUUUAUUUUGAA